UCCUCUCUUUGUGCAUUGUUCAACAAGAUAACCGAGAAAAAUCACAAACAUGAUGCUUCUAAGACUCACAACUCUUGUUCUAGUGCUGCUCUUUCUUAUGCAUGCCUUUAGGGCCUUCAGCUCUGUCCAUGCUCAUCAAGGAACAGAAAUAGAUGGAGAUACUCUUGAGUCUUGGUCCCAAGAGGGUAUUUUUUAUGAUUUCAGAACUGCUGGUAGUUAUAAGAUAGGGUUUGAAGGAAGAAAAAUAGGAGCUGAGAAAGAGCUGAAAAAUGAAAUCAUGGAGGCUGCAGGAAAGAAAUCAAAGAUUUCAGGAAAGCACAAUGGUGACUCAAACGUGUUCAAGGGAUUUCAAGAUCAAGAUAAUAACCAGAUUGAUAGCAACAAGAUGGAGCCGGAGAUGACAAUAUCUGUGGAUCGCCUGGACAUGCCUAAAGCCAGAAUGAUGAAUAAGAGAAUGGGAGGAAAAGAAAGGCUUCUUUCAGUUGUUGAGAAAGAGUUAGUAAACCUGUUGCACAAGGAUUACUCUGGCAUGAAGAAGCCUGGUCGGAAGCCUCCGAUCAACAACAAUGAACCACAGCAUUAAUAUAUCAGUAUCUCCCCCAAAACUAGAUAGGUUUAGGCUCACAAUUUUGCCCCCAACAUGGAAGUGAUCCCUUUAACCUAUAUAAUAAAGGCAUGCAUAGGAAAAAGAUGUUGUUUUGUUUUUAAAAACAAGGGAUUUAGGAGUCGCAAAUUACAUAGGUUUUGUACAUUAAAUGUGCCUUUGAUUAGUUGUUUGUCAUGUUAGAUAUGUGUACGGUGUUUUGUCAACGAUGGAAGCAUAUAUAUGUUCGUUUUGCCGCACUAAACUAUUGCUUUUGUU